CAGUCUGCAAAUGAUUCAUAGCUACAAAGUACUAGAUUCAAGGUAAACAACAAGAGAUAAUGGAGAGAGUUUCAAUCAAGCCAGCUUGCUUCCUAUUGCUUUUCAUGGUUGCAUCUUUGUUGCCAUCAAGUUUGAUGGCACAAAUAUCUGUAGGACCAAACAAGAAGCAGUUGUUCAUGACUGGACAACUUUGCAAGUCCCAUGAUGACUGCAAAGCCAACAGCGUUUACUCUACCAAUUUCUGCAUCAACAAAAUCUCUGGAUCUGAAAUGGGUCAUUGUGUUGGAUUUGGUUCCACUCUGGUUCUGGCAUCGGAAACGAAGAAGAGCAAGGCGAUCCUUGGUUGUGGGAAGUGUGAAACUGACGCAGAUUGUCGGGACUGUCCAGCAACGGCCGGUUGUGAGAAAAUUAUUUUAGACGGCUAUUGUGCUUGAUCUCAUCUCAUCUCAUCUGUUACUAUAUUUCCCCACCGCCACAAUAAUCACCUCAGGAGACGAAUUGCUUUAAUUUUAUUUUGGCCUUUAAGAGAGCGUUUGCACCUCUACGUGCUUAUAUGUAAAAUCGUCUCAUAAUAAAAUCCUUUUAACUUUAAUCCUUAAUCCAA